UUCCAUAGUUUGUUGGCAUUGUUUAUUUCAUCCUUUUCAAUAGCAGGUUUUAUGAAGCAUAGAUUGUUUUUUAAUGGAAUUGCUUGAGUGUACUUCUAUUAGAAAACUUGGGAUUAUAUUAUAUGCCUCAAUGAAUUAGUCAAUCCUAAAGUUGAAGCCUAGAUUAAAUAACCUGCCACUAAUUGUUUGUGUUUGUGUUGCCUAGGAUUUAACAUCUAAUUUUUCUGGCUGUUUUUAUCUUUUUCAUGCGGGUUGCUGCUUUGGCACGACUGUAAGGUUACUUGGAUUGUGACUUGAGCUGUCCUUUUUGGAAACAGCCUCUCUGGUUGUGGGGGUAACCCUGAAUCUCACCAGUUGGCAGCCUUGUACAUUAGGCACUAGACUGCCUUUCUUUUACCUUCCGCUUUAGUUUGGCAGUUUUUCUUAGCCUUUUACUCUUAUUUGUUAAACAUACUCUAGUAUCUGUGUAUUUAGCAAGGAAGGUAUGCCGUGGCUCUACUUUGGUUGAUCCAAAUGCGAGAACUAAUGGUAUCGCUAAUGCAUACAUGUCCACUGUGGUCUUAACCUUUUACUCCUCCAUUAUCUCUCAUUUUUCUGAAUUUUGUUCUGUACGGGUGUUGCAUAAUAUCAACUUUUUAAAGGCAGAUUGAGCAGAAAGCUAUAUCUUGUCAGUUGUCAAUGUGUAGUUAUUAUUGGUUCUUCAAAAGUGGCACAUAAAGCCAUGAAUAUGCUUCAGAUUUGUUUUAAGUAUACUUCAGGUGCUGAAUUUUAUUGUGUCACAAAGAAAAGUUGCGACACUUGAAAGUGAGGAUAAAAUUCAUAACUCUUCCGAUUCUGAAGAUGGGCUUCCGCCUCUUGAAAAGAACAUGAAUCAUUUGCACAUAGUCAAUAGCGAUGAGGAGAGUGAGUAAACGAGUCUUAAAUAUCUAACGCAAGAUAUUUUCUCAAGCCAUGCUGGAAGUAAUUUGGAGAUGUUAGCAAUGCAUAAUUGCUUAGUGGGAAAGCUUUUUCGGUUGACAAAGAUGUGUAUUGUUAUCAUCGGGUGGCGCAUACUUCCUAGUUCUAUCUUCUAUUUCCAUUUAUAAAAUAUUUAAAUAGGAACACGUUAUCGAGUUUUAGCAGGAAUGGGAAGAGUUGGGCCGGAGAGUAAAGAGUAUGAUAGAGAGAGUGCAUGAGGAUUCGUUUUUGGUGGUUUCACAUUUCCCAUUAAGCAAUUUCUCACACCUUUUCUAUUCCAGAAACCAUAAUUCCUCACUGUUAGGGAAAGUGGAGUUGAUUUGGAUAUAAAUUAAUAAUGUCAUCAAGAUAUCCAAUUCUUGACAAUCGACCCAUUGAUCAGUGGAAAGUUACAGAGCUGAAAGAGGAGCUAAAGAGAAGGAAACUGACUACAAAAGGUUUAAAGGAUGAUUUGAUCAAGCGUUUGGAUGAAGCCCUUCGCAUUGAAUGGGAAGCUGAAGAGGCUUCUAAGAAGGAAGUGGUUAAUGGUUCCAAUGGUGAUGUAGCUGGGCUAAGCAAUUCACAUACAGAGGAUGUAGUUACUGAAGUAGCCGAUGCAACUGUAAGGAAAAAAGAUGAAACAAUUGUAACAGCUGAAAAGGGUGACAUUGCUAUAGUUGAACCAAUUGAAGCAGAAAAUUCAGCAAAGAUUCCCGAGGUUAUGGAUUAUGAUAGCAAAAAGAAUGACAAGUUGUAUGGUGUUACCUUCCCGGUUGACAUUAAUAGUAGUGUGCCAGCAGUGGAUCAAGAUGUCGAACAUAUGGACUUUUCAGCUGGUGAAGAUUCUGCAAAUGUGGGAGAGGACCUAAUUGUAUGUGCUUCUACUGUGGAGACCACCAUUACAGUCACCGAGAGUGUCUUAACAGAAGUAGUGGUCAGUGGUCAGGAGUCUUGUAGUGCAGAAGCACAGAAAGAUCAUGGUCAGGAAUCAGUAACCAAGCAGGAGAAUGAGGAGUCAAAAGCGUGGCUGGAUAGAGAGGACUUAAAGCGCCCGAUGGAGUGUGAUCUUGAGAAUCUCAAGCCCAAUUCUUCUUUUCUUGAAAAUCAGGUAUCUGAGGUCAACCCUAGUUUAGGGUCUCCAGUAAAAUCUGAUUCUAUUUCUAGUAAUUCUGUGUCAAUUAAUGAAAAGAAUAAACUAAAGGAUACUAUAAUUGCUGAUAAUGUCAAAUUAGAACAAGAUACUGUUAGGCCUGAGAUUGUUAAAGAACCGUCAUCCAGAAAAGAUGCCCCUGUUUAUGAUGAAUCUCAUUCAAUGGCUGUUGGAGAGCUGCAUGAGAAAAAGGUGUAUGUUGUGGAAAAUAGCAGUAACGAUAAAAGUUCAGAUUUGAACAAGACCAAUAGCAAUGAAGAUGUCGGAUAUCCAGAAAAGUUAAACUUGGAUAGAAGUUAUGGUGAUGACUCCAUGGAAGAGGAUUUGCCAGAGAGCAAGCGAUUUGAUUUUAAGUUUAAUGUUGACGAACCUAAAGGCAAGGGGGAGAGUGUUGAAUUGUCUAUUGUGAAAGAGGAAGGCAGUAGUGUAGUUGUUGGAGAUGGUUCAUCUGCAGAAAAAGGUGGUACCCACCAUGAUAUUGACUCUCCUGCUUCUGUUGUUGAGAAACGAAAAUUUUGUGAUCAAGCAACUGCUAGGAACAAUGAGCCUGCAAAACGGCAAAAAAGGUGGAACUCUGAAACAGUUAAGGGUUUUGAUCCACAGAGCCCUACUCUCAGAUCCACUACUACACCAGACGAUGAACCAAUUGCUUUGAAGUGCAACUUCUCUAGGGCUGCUGAUUCCUCAGCUGUUGAUGAUACACCCAAAGAACGCAUCGUUCCACAAUCACAAAGGGCCCCAACUAAUUCCCUCAGGAUUGAUCGAUUCCUCCGUCCUUUUACCCUAAAAGCUGUGCAAGAACUUCUCAGUAGAACCGGGAACGUCAUCAGUUUCUGGAUGGACCAAAUAAAGACCCAUUGCUAUGUCACUUAUUCAUCCGAAGAAGAAGCCAUUGAGACACGAAAUGCUGUUUACAAUCUGCAAUGGCCUCCAAAUGGUGGACGCCUUUUAGUUGCAGAAUACGUCAAUCCUGAAGAAGUGAUUAUGAAGAUGGAAGCCCCUCCUGCUCAGGUUGAUUCAGUCAGCAAUGAUUCAACAGUUCCUCCUGUAGCACCUACCUUACAACCAGAGCCGGCUCUGCACCAGCAUAGGGAGCAGCAGCCUCUAGUUCCAGCGACACUCCCACCUCCACCAGUGUUGUCAAAGCUCCCACCAGCUGCAAGAGAACGACUUCCAUCCCCACCACCCAUUCCAAAGAAGGUUGAUCAGCCUAUUGUCACACUUGAUGAUCUCUUCUGCAAAACCAGAGCUACUCCUCGAAUAUACUAUUUACCUUUAUCUAAGGAGCAAAUUGCAGCAAAACUUGCAGCACAGGCUAGAGGCAUCAAGCAGUAGGCAUAUGAUUCAUCCGUGGCUGCUUUUGUUGAUUUUCUUAUCACUGACCACCAGGCUAAGUAAGAAGCGUUUUGUAAAUCCAUCUUGGCAGGUGUGCUGUUGUUGGCCUUGAGAAGAAAUUGUUGUUCCCAAUGCUUAGUUUCUGGUUCUUGAUGUUGUUAGUUACGUGGGUUGAGUCCUACAUUUGCUUACUGUUAGAACGUCACAAACUAAGAGCUAUUUGAGUGGAUAAAUUUUCCCAGCUGUCUGAACUGGUUGAAGUGCCCAGACAUCUUCAACUUUGGAAAAAAUCAACGUUAGGUUAUGG